AGGACCUUAAUGCUUCGAAAUGUAACAGUUAAAAGCUGCAAUCCCGAUGCGACAACUUCAAAACCAUGAGCAAAGGCGGCAUGUGGGGAACUGAUAACGAUAACGCGAGUACGUACCAGUGGCCGAUCAAGAAAAAUGUGGGCGAUGCAAUUAGCGGGCAGUUUUUUUUUCCAAUCUCUGAGGGAAAAGAAAGUAAACCCCACUAACAUCCAUCACCAACUCGCCCUCCAAAAUCUUGACACCUUGGAACCUCUUCGCUUCAACUCAACAGAGGCACAGGGUCUUUACUUUCUCUUUCUUUCUAUACGAACUCACAAAACUCUCUUCCGACCGACCUAAUGAGUGACAACGCUGGAGCCAAGGGCCCUGAGCCUGGCGAUCGAGUUGCCAUUGGUAUUACCUUUGGUAACUCCAACAGUUCCAUUGCCUAUACUGUUGACGACAAGGCCGAGGUUAUUGCCAACGAGGAUGGAGACCGACAAAUUCCCACCGUUCUGUCUUACGUUGACGGCGAUGAGUACUACGGUGGACAGGCCAAGAACUUCCUCGUUCGCAACCCCGAUAACACCAUCGCCAACUUCCGAGACUUCCUCGGCCAAGAAUUCAAGUCCAUCGACCCUACCCACUCUCACGCCUCCGCCCACCCCAAGGAUGUUUCCGGUACCGUUGCUUUCUCCAUCAAAGACAAGAGCGAGGAAGAGACUUCGACCGUUUCUGUUUCAGAGGCCACUACUCGAUACCUGCGACGGCUUGUGGGUUCUGCUUCCGACUACCUGGGCAAGAAGGUCACAUCCGCCGUUGUUACCGUCCCCACAAACUUCACCGAGAAGCAGCGAGAGGCUCUAAUCAAGGCCGCCAACGACGCCGACAUCGAGAUCCUUCAGCUUAUUUCUGACCCUGUCGCCGCUGUUCUGGCUUACGAUGCCCGUCCUGAGGCCAAGAUCGAGGAUAAGAUUAUUGUUGUCGCUGACCUUGGUGGCACUCGCUCGGAUGUUGCCGUUAUCGCUUCGCGAGGUGGUCUUUACACUAUCCUCGCCACUGCUCACGAUUACGAAUUUGCUGGUGUUCAUUUGGAUAAUGCCCUUAUGGACCACUUUGCCAAGGAGUUCCAAAAGAAGCACAACAUCGACCCCCGAAACAACACUCGCAGUCUUGCUAAGCUUCGACUUGAGUCUGAGGCUACCAAGCGAGCUCUGAGUCUGGGAAGCAACGCUCAAUUCAGCGUCGAGAGCUUGGCGGAUGGUUUCGAUUUCUCUGUUACUAUCAACAGGAUACGAUACGAGAUGGUUGCCCGCAAGGUUUUCGAGGGCUUCAACCGACUCAUCGAGGGUGUUGUCAAGAAGGCCGGCCUCGAUGUUCUUGACAUUGACGAGGUUAUUCUGUCAGGAGGUACUGCCCACACCCCUCGUAUCGCUAACAACCUCCGUGGUAUCUUCCCUGAGACUACUGAGAUUCAGGCUCCCGCCACGAGCGUGUCCGCCAUCAACCCUUCUGAGCUCCUUGCUCGUGGCGCUGCACUCCAGGCCUCUUUGAUCCAGGAGUACGAGGCCGCCGAUAUCGAGCAGUCCACUCACCCUGCUGUCACCACCGUCAAACACAUCUCCAACUCUAUUGGUGUGAUCACCGUGGGUGCUGACGGCGAGGAUGUCUUCACCCCCAUCAUCGCCCCUGAGACCGCCGCCCCUGCCCGUCGCACUAUCCAUAUUCCUGCCCCUAAGGAAGGUGGCGAUGUUCUUAUUAAGAUUGUUGAGGGUAACACUCACAUCAACGUCACCAAGCCUGAGCCUAAGGCUAAGGAGGAGAAUGGAGAUAAGGAUGAGGACGACUCCGAUUUUGAUGAUUCUGAUGAAGAGGAAGAGGAGACUCGGGAGAAGAUCUGGAAGAUCGGCAACCCUCUUGCCGAGGCCGCCAUCAAGGGCGUCAAGGCUGGUGGCAAGGUCGAAGUCACGAUCAACGUUCUAGCCGAUCUAGGCGUUACCGUCACAGCCCGAGAAGUUGGCGGCAAGGGUGGUGUGCGAGGAAACAUCUAAGUCUGGAAAUGCUGGACUCAAGCAGGAACUUUGAUUGAAAAGCCGCAAUGAUUUUAUGAGUAGGUUUAUAAGGGGGGUUGGUAUGCAAAAAGCACGGGUUUAUUGGUAGAUUCUAGAGGACACAAUAGAGGGUUGUCAGGGAUGAAUUGAAUAAAGACUUUCAACAUUUAAAGAAGCAUGUCGAAUCAAUUCGGUGGAAGCCAUUCAGGAAACAUUAUUAAGCAAUUAAAUACUCGAGCCGCCUCUUCGGGGCCGUGAACAUGCUCAGUUUCGACUUCUAAAUUAUGCCCUUCACAUUACCUGGUUCCCAUCACCUGGUAAUCGCCAAGCAAUGAGGUCGUUUCGCAUAUCAUCCUCUCUGACCUCGCGAGUUCCCUUAUAACUCACUUCGCGCAUUGGGUCGCUAUCAAGUGUCAUAGUAGACGUCAUGCUCGCCAUACUACGCGCGUGGUCGAGGUGGUGCUCAUGGAUGCGUACGCCUUUGCGUCGGUUCGACGGAGUAACUGUAACUGUCGAGAAGCUCUUAUCACUCGAGUUACUUGGUGUGCGGCGAUGUGAGGAGCCAGCUGGGCCGUUAUUCUGGUGAUUGUGCGAAGGUGAGGCAGUUCUGUUUGAGUGGUGAUGAUGAUGGUGAUGAGGGUGAAGGAGGUUGUGAGUUAUACGGCGAGUAUCGCGGGCUCGGAUGGUAUCACGUGGACCCAUAUCGUCGUCGUCGUCUUCUCCAUCAGUGACAGGCGAAGCAUUAUGAGGUUUGGUUUUCCAGCCGUUACCUCCGUUGAAAAUGUCCUCAAUGACUUCUUCUGCAGAGUGCUCAUUUGGUUGCCGACUCCACGAAGCAGCGAGAACGCUUCGG